AUGCCACCUAUCGAUUCAGAUUCAGAUGACGGUGAUUCAGAUUACAAUCCAACAAGUAGAACCACAAGAUCAAAACAAAAUCAAACCACCACCACCACCACAAACACAAGUACUCAAGCUCCACCCAAAUCAAAGAAAAAAGCAACAGCUUAUGCAAGUAAAGAUGGUCAAGGUUAUGCUUGGGAAGAUGAAUACAAAAGAAGUUGGGAUAACGUUAGAGAAGAUGAUUCUGGUAGUCUUGAAGGAGCUGUCAAUCAAUUAAUGGCUAAUAAACGUAAAAGGAUCAUUCGAGAUACUACUUCUAUUCAACGAGGUAUCAUUCGACAUCUUUGUUUAGUCAUCGAUCUUUCAUUGGCUAUGACCGAUCGCGAUUUACGACCUAAUCGAUUAGAAAUGAGUUUAAACUAUGCUCAGGAAUUUGUUACCGAGUUUUUCGAUCAAAAUCCAAUUAGUCAAAUGUGUAUCUUUAUUACCAAAGAUGCUAUUGCUGAAAGGUUAAGUCCUCUAUCUGGUAAUCCAGUCGAUCAUCACAAAGCAUUGAGUAAUAAACGUAAACUCGAACCUUCAGGAGAGCCAUCUCUUCAAAAUGCACUUGAGAUGGCACGUGCUACUCUGGCUCAUUUACCUCCUCAUGGAUCUAAGGAAACUUUGGUCAUCAUGGGAUCUUUGACAACUUGUGAUCCAGAAGAUAUACAUAAAACGAUCGAAAAGUUAGAAAAAGAUCGUAUGCGAGUUUCGAUCGUAGGCUUGUCUGCAGAGAUCAAUAUUUGUAAAGAAAUAUGUCGAAAGACUAAAGGUAAAUAUGGUGUGAUCAUGAACGAAACUCAUUUCAAAGAGCUAUUAUUCGAAUCCAUACCACCCCCACCAUCACUUGUAAACUCAAGUACGAGUCAAUCCAAUCGAUCUACCAAUACCACUUCAUCAGAUUUGAUGCAAAUGGGAUUCCCAACUAAACUCUCGAAUCCGAUCCCAUCUUUAUGUGCUUGUCAUUCUAAAUUGAAAUCAUCUGGAUUUAUUUGUCCUAGAUGUGGUAGUAAAUUAUGUGAUGUACCUACCGAUUGUUUGAUUUGUGGUUUAACAGUCGUUAGCUCUCCUCAUUUGGCUAGAAGUUAUCGACAUCUUUUUCCAGUAGCUAAUUGGAAAGAAAUUGAUAGUGAAAAUCACGAAAUAGAAUGUCCUACGUCUUGUUAUGGUUGUUCCCAAGUUUUUUCUACUUCAUCUACUACUACUACUACUACUACUACCACUACCACUACUAUCACAAAUCAGUCUUCUAAAUUCAUGUGUAAUCGUUGUAAACAUAUCUUUUGUUCUACUUGUGAUCUGUUUCAUGAACAAUUAGGAUUAUGUCCAGGUUGUUGUACUUAG